CCUGCAGAUCACAGUGAAGUUUUUUGCCGUCAGACCUUGUCCCAUCACCAUGAAGACUGUGUGGCUCCUCACAGGACUCCUGCUCACUGCACUGGGCUGCUCUUGCAUGCCGUGGGGGGUUAACGCAGCCUCUCCCCGUCAAUGCUGCUUUGCCUUCAGCACAAAGAAGAUUGACCCAAGUCUGAUCCUGUCUGUGGAUAGGACCAGCAGCAGUUGCUCCAAGAGGGGAUAUAUAGUGACCACCCCAAACGGAAAGGUCUGUGUUGACCUGAGCCAGACAUGGGUGCCGAAGCUAAAUUAGUACAAUCUGCCUCACAAAUUUUUAAAUUCUAUUAACUUUAUUCAUUCUUUAUGUGUCUUCAUUUUUUGUACUGUGGUGCAUAAUGGAAGUGUAUAGCUUUAAUUUUUAGAAAUUUGUAGGCCUAUUCUUUUUUAUUAUAAAUGUUCUUUGUUUAUACCUUACCCAUCUUGAACUAAAAUUGUAAUGAUACAAAAAAUUAAUAAAUAAAUAAUUAAAAAUGCU